AUGGUGAACUUUCUUCCGAGGCCCACCAUUGCUAGAAGCAUAUCAACCUUACCCUGUUUCCGCAAACCGUGGUUCUGUUACAAACAGCCUGCCAUAUCUGUUUCCCGCCAUCACUUAUGCACGAGUCCACAUGCUCUCCACGAGGAAUUCUUUCGAAAUACCUCACGACGAUGGAUAUUCAACGAGACCGACCGUUUAAGCGAACGGUAUGUCAAGUUUCGACCAAGUGAGCUUCAACGAAUCGCCGGCAAAGCAAUGCAACAAGAUGAUUAUCCUGAUAUCGCUAAGCUGGCAGAGGGAGGUUUUAACAAAAUAUUUAUUCUGCGAGCAAAGAAUGGACGUGAAGUGAUUGCGCGAAUUCCCACUCCCAUUGCAGGGCCUGCUCAUUACACAACCGCGAGUGAAGUUGCGACAAUGGACUUUCUGCGAACCGUUCUCAAGCUGCCAGUACCUGAGGUCUUUACAUAUUCAAAAACCUCCGACAAUCCCGUGGGAGCAGAGUAUAUUUUGAUGGAGCGGGUUGAGGGGGAGAGUCUUUCUUCGCGGUGGCUAUCUCUCACAACCGAUGAGGUGAAAGACAUCAUGACUCAAAUCGCAGAUAUGGAGAGGAAAAUUUUUGACUUCCGUUUUCCUGCGUACGGAAGCUUAUAUCACAAGAAGGACCUUGACGGAGAAACCCAAAUACCAAUUGUGGGAGAUUUUGUUGUUGGCCCUGUGUCUACCCGGCAGUUUUGGCAUGGCGAACGAAGCAAAACAGAAAUCGACCGUGGGCCCUGUAAGCUUUCGCCCGUGGACUGUGUUACCUCCGCGGCUCGCCGAGAGAUGGAUGUCAUUCAGCAAUACGCAAAAGCUCAGCCUCGGCAAACAUUCCUUCUGCCAACUGACUAUAACAUCGAGCCUUCUGAGCACAGCUCGUUACUUUCGCGAUUCCUACAGUUGGCGCCUUAUUUAAUCCCACCGGGUUCUUACAGCGCUCCAACACUAAGACAUCCCGAUUUAAGCCUGAGUAAUAUUUUAUUAGCCCCAGGAUCGUCCAAAAUCAUCAGUAUUAUUGAUUGGCAGGAUGCCGCGAUAUUCCCACGCUUCAUGCAAACAGGUUAUCCCGCGUUUUGUGAGCACGACUUCUCUCAGCCUCAAAGUCUGCAUAUUCCAUCUCUCCCCGAUGACUUCGAUAAGAUGGAUAUCGACGAACAGAGACAAUCCAAAGCCGCAUUCCGCUUAGAAGAGGCCAAUGUCUACUAUACAGCCGCGACAGGUAUACAUAACGAUGAGCACAUGCGUGUGUUGAAAACUCCUUAUCUCGGAAUGCAGCAGUAUCUCCUUCGCCAAACAGGGUACCCCUGGGAUGCAGACGUAAUCAACCUACGUACUGCGUUAGUAGGCAUCACAACUCCCUCGGUAUGGAGUAAAAUUUCCUCCGCAGUUUGUCCGGUUGUGUUCAGCGAUGAAGAACGAGAGGCUGCUUUAGCAGAAUCACAAGAGUGGAACGAGUCUGAACAGCUCCUGUCGCGGGUUCGAGAACACCUCAAUAUCGACCCGGAAGGUGGGACCGAGCCGGAUAACUUUGAGAGGGCAGUGGAGGGCAAUCGCCAGUUUCGAAUGGAGAUGGUUAGGCAAGCAGAGGCGGGCCAACGGGAGAUCUGUUGGCGCAAUUGGCCUUAUAAGGAUAAAGAAGACAGGAGCAUGCCUCCUGAUACAUAA